AGCGUGGUUCGAUCGAAGUGUGGGCUGGUCUCACCCGUCAUCACGGCUUCUUCGGUGCAACAGCGAUUAACUUCCGGCUGCAUCGUCCUCUGGAUAUUACAACAAUGGGCAGUGUUUUGGCUGCCAGCUCCCCCAACCCUCCACCACCAGCCACUGGUGGCACUGCUGCCCCCGGGUUGACGGUGCCGCCGGGCUUCGGGAUGCCUUCAGUUUCCCCAGUGAUUUCCCCAACUGGGGCUGCAUCGGGACAACAGGAGACGGAGAACCCUCUGCCAAACCCAGGAACGUUUGAUGAAUGUCAUCGCAAAUGCAAAGAGGUUUUCCCUAUGCAGAUGGAGGGCGUCAGGCUCGUUGUCAACAAAGGCCUUAGCAACCACUUCCAGGUGAAUCACAAUGUGAUGUUGAGCACCAUGGGAGAUUCUACGUACAGGUUUGGUGCCACGUACGUUGGAUCUAAGCAGACGGGUCCAGCAGAGUUAUUUCCAGUCAUGGUCGGGGACAUGGACAACAGCGGCAGCCUCAAUGCCCAGAUCAUCCAUCAGAUCACCAAAAGAAUACGAUCCAAAUUAGCCUUUCAGACGCAACAAAACAAGUUUGUUAACUGGCAGGGCGACGCCGAGUUCAGGGGAGAAGAUUUCACUGCAACUGUUACACUUGGAAACCCAGAUGUCCUCGUCGGCUCUGGUAUUGUUGUAACACACUACCUCCAGUCCAUCACGCCCGCUCUGGCUCUGGGAGGAGAGCUUGUUUAUCACCACAGGCCAGGAGAGGAGGGGACGGUCAUGUCCUUCGUCGGCAGAUACACAGGUAAUAACUACAUUGCCACUUUGACGCUCGGUUCAGCUGGAGCUCAUGCUUCUUAUUAUCACAAAGCCAAUGAUCAGCUGCAGGUCGGUGUGGAGUUGGAGGCCAGCUCUCGUAUGCAGGACACCAGCGUGUCAUUCGGUUACCAGCUAGACAUGCCUAAAGCCAAUUUACUGUUUAAAGGCUCAAUAGACAGUAACUGGGUCGUUGGUGCAACAUUAGAAAAGAAGUUACUUCCUCUGCCGCUCUCUCUGGUUCUGUGCACGUUCCUCAACCACAGCAAGAACAAGUUCCAGUGCGGCUUCGGCGCCACCAUCGGUUAGACUUGAAUGUUUGAUUUUUACAGGAUGGACAGACGGUGUCAUGUUGAUGUUUAACCUCACACCAUCCUCGACCUCUUAAAGCAGAUUCAAGCUUAAUCAUGUUUAAAACUUAUCCCAGAUCAAGUUUCAUGGUAAAUAUGCCGAGUAGAAACACUGAAAAGGUUAAAAAUAAAUCUGACGACUUUAAUCGUUGUGUGGUCAGAUGUUAGUUAAAAGGAUGUGGUUGUCAGGAAUUCUCUCGACGCAGACCAGUAGAACAUUAACUCUUUUGUUUUUGUCACUGAAUUCAGUGCCUGUCGUGUUUUUUUUGAUUUUAUUUGUCUCUUCUUUUUUUUUACUGUAAAGUCUCAAUGUGUAGUGAAUGAAAUCAUUGUUUACACGCUGUGAGACGUGUUACACGUCACAACUCAUGUUCACAAUCCAUCCCUUGCUUUUGUUGCCUUUUUACGUUACGUACAUUAGGAACAGUAUAUACACAUGACCUGUAUUUAUAUAUAUAUAAAAUAUAUAUAUAUCUAUAUAUAUAUAUAUAGAUAUAUAUGUAUAUAUAUAUUUGUAUAUGUGUAUAUGUAUAUAUAUAUACACACAUCUUGAAAACUGAUAAAAAUACAA